CUUCCCCCCCCCGCCUUCCCCUCUCUCUCUCCCUCUCUCUCUCUCUCCUCUCUUCUCCGCCGCGCUCGGUCGUUUCUUCCCCCCCCUUUGUGAGGCGCUCGGAGUGGCCCGGACAUCGCUGACUCGCCAUGGCCGACGAGAAGCCCAAGGAAGGAGUGAAGACUGAAAACAAUGACCACAUUAAUCUGAAGGUGGCAGGGCAAGAUGGGUCUGUGGUGCAGUUUAAGAUUAAGAGGCACACACCACUUAGUAAACUAAUGAAAGCCUAUUGUGAACGACAGGGGUUGUCGAUGAGGCAAAUCAGAUUCCGGUUCGAUGGGCAGCCAAUUAAUGAAACAGACACACCUGCACAGUUGGAAAUGGAGGAUGAAGAUACAAUUGAUGUGUUCCAGCAGCAAACAGGAGGAGUUUACUAAAAAUCAAACAAACACACACAAAAAGAACCUGCUACUUUCCUCUCCAGAACUGUGCUCCCACAGGCAACACAUCUACAAUUAGAAAAAUGAGACUUGGUUCAGCCACAUCCUGACUACUGCAGUAUAGUUUUCUCUCUUCUCUCUCUGAUUUUUUUUUUCCUGUUCCUUAUAUUGUACAUAAAGUAACUGGUGUAUGUGCACAGACAUAAUGCAUAUUUUUUUUAACUAAAUGGCCAAUGGUAUGUUUUGAUCAACGUUUAAUGGAGAUGGGGUGGGAAAACAAACUGGUUCUGUGAAAAAUGCCCCUUUCUCCAUUAGUGGCAUGCUCCUCCUACUUUUAUCUUUAUAUUCCAGUAAGUUAUUUUGCUCUCACUGUUUGAAAACAAAACAAAACAAAAACAACCAACAAAAAAGAAAGAGACAAACCUUGCAUACUUUGUUUGAUUGGAUAAUUUCAAUGUUUUUCUUUUAUCAUUGUAAAACCAAGGACAAUUUUAUAACUUUUUUGUACGUAGCUGUUACAUGUAGAGCAAUCUCUGUCUAAGUAGGGGUAAAUUUACUCUUAAAAAAAAAAAUUCCUAGAUAGUUUUCCCUUCAAGUAAAGCGUCUUGUUGUUUAAAUAAACUUCUUGUUUAAAAUAACCAGUUUGCUUUAUUUUUCUGUGGAGUACUAGUACUCAGCACUUGUCUUUCUUUCUCUGCAGCACAUUAUGCUUCUCAGUUCUCAGCUUUCUGUCUGGUAAGUAAGUGUAAUCCUCCUUUUAGUCAGGAGACUCUCAGAAAUGAAAGGCUUCCUUGAGCCCUCUCACUCACCCAGUAGCUGAACUGGAAAUGGAAGUCAGUUUUGUCUUCAUUUGACUCUUUUUGUGUGUGUGUGUGUUCUGCUAAGCCAAAAAUGUUUGAUUAAGCAAACUUGAAAAUGCUGGACUACUUACUAAUGCCUUUGGGUUGAACUUUUUUUGUCACUCUUUAGUAGAAACAUCAAUAUUGUUACAGUUUAUUUAAGACUUUGUAUUUGAAUGCUUUUUGAUGUAAACAUUCAGUUAAAAAGAGCAAAUCAUUCCUUGAACCAUUCAGUUUGCCAUGGUAUCAAAUGGGAAAUGCUUGGAAAUGUAAAGCAAAAAUAAAGCAUUGAG